AUGGAGCAACAACUUUCGAAUAACACGUUUAGUUUCAGUCUUCAAAUUGCCAGAUUUGAUGUUCCCCCUCAAGCUAUUUAUCCUGUUUUUAUCAUUGGGGCACUAGUCUAUUCAUUUGCAAUAUUUUGUAAUGUAACAAUUUUAGCAUUGAUUGUUACACAGCAAAACCUUCAUAAGCCCAUGUUCUACAUUUUUUUCAGUCUUCCUUUGGCAGACGUAAUAGCAAUUACAUGUGCUUUGCCUAGAGUGCUUCUCGAUAUUGUAACCCAAACAAAUAUGAUCUACUAUCCAACAUGUGUCCUGCAGGGAUUUUUGCUUCAUUUAUAUGGAGGUAGUGUACUUUUUAUCCUGGCAGCCAUGUCAUUUGAUCGUUAUAUAGCUAUAUGCAAGCCACUCAGAUAUAACUCUAUAAUGAGUCCAUAUGUAGUUUGUGGUGUGAUAGCACUGACUUGGGGAUUUGACCUUUUAAUGAUUGUUGUAUUGUUUGCUCUUCAGGCAAGAUUUCCAAAAUGUAAGACAUUUAUUUUUAAUGUUUAUUGUAGUAAUAGUGCACUCUUACAACUUUCAUGUGGUGGUGACCUUACCGUGAACAAUGUUUAUGGAUUAGCUGUAACUGGGUUAAUGCAGGGCAUAAGUGUGAGUAUUCAGUUAUUUUCGUAUGUACAAAUUCUUAAGACCUGUCUUUCCCACACACAUAUAGAAGCAAGAAGUAAGGCUGUACACACAUGUUUAGCGCAGAUAAUAACAUUUGUGUUGUAUGAAAUAGUUUCCACCAUUACCAUACUUUCAUAUCGUUUUCAGAAUAUACUACCCACUGCACAACAUAUAUGCGGUUUAAUGAUUUUCACAAUUCUUCCAGUUGUUAAUCCAAUUAUAUAUGGUAUGAAAACAAGAGACAUUAGAAAUACAUUUAUCAUAGUGCUGAAAAAACGGAAGGUGGCAUUUAAAUAA